AUGAAUAGAGAAAUAACCGAAAACAAAGAAAGUCAUUUAAUUAUUGUUGAUUUAGACGGAACAUUGCUGAAUAGAGAUUUUUCCACUCUCAACCAGAAAAACAAAAAAGUUCUCCAAGAAUUAAAAAAAAGAGGGCAUAAAAUCUGUAUCGCUACUGGACGGAACUACUUUUCCGCCUUGCCAUUUUAUCAAGAGAUAGGCUUAGAUACCUUUUUAAUUACUUAUAACGGUGCUUAUAUUAAUCACCCUUUAAAAAAAGAUAGCCCAACCGUAACCAUUCCCAUUGCUAAUUCCGUUGUUAGAGAUAUAUUGGCAGAAAAAAUAGUUAAAGACAAUUUGCUUAACUUUAUGGUUGACUCUAUAGAUAGGCAAAGCAUUUCGACUAGCGACGAUGUUUAUUAUCAAGAAAUCUUUUUCAAUAAUAAUCCUUAUAUUAAAGGUGAUGUUUUACAACAUUUAGGUGAGAAAGAUUGUUUACAAUUAGUUCUGGAAUUUCCCAAUGAAGAAAGAAAAAUUAACCAAAUUAUUUCUACGCUAAGAAAAAAAUUCAAAUCUAGCAUUACUUUCUAUUGUGGUGAAAAAUUAAAAGCUGAACAAGAGGGAGAAAAGAUUUUGGUUCUGGACCGCGAGAAAUUAAUAAUUAAAAUCCGUAAUUACAAUGCUAACAAAGGGGAAGCAGCCAAAUUAGUGGCAGGUUAUUAUAAUACUCCUUUACUGCGAACCAUUGCUUUUGGUAAUGAUAUUAAUGAUAUGGAAAUGAUGAAUAAAGUGGGGAUCGGAGUAGCGGUAUCCAAUAGUGUUAAUAAUUUAAAAGCCUACGUUCACGAUAUUACCGAAUUUGAUAGCCAUAGCGGGGGGGUAGCCGAAUAUUUAACUAAUUAUUUUGGGUUAGACAAAUAA